AAUAAAUAAGAAUGUCAAAUCGUCCAGAAGCUGCUUAAUAACCUUAAUAACCAUAAUAAAGAUAAUAAGGUCCAGCUCCUUAAACAAGACUUGCUGGCCCUGUGUAUCCAAAUACUUAUUUACCCCCUAACUAUUAUCGAGCUUCACCAAUUAGACAGUCCUAUGUGGCUCCAGUUGCUCCUAUUUAAUAUGCACCAGUGGCCUAAGUGCCUGUUGCUCCGAUUGCAUCUGUUCCUGUUUAACAAAUCACCCCUGUCCCAGUUCAAACUAUAGGAGUUGCCCCAGUAGCUUAAGUAAAUUUGAAUUAUAUUAUAGCACCAAACCAUAAAAGGUGAAUCCAGAAUUGAAUAUAUUCCCUAUCAAAAAGCCGUUGUUGAAUAUGAGGAAUAAGAAAUUGUGUCUUAUGUUCCAAGAGAAACAAAAGUCACCGAUUAUUACGCUGUCGAAUAUUAAACAGAAUAUAUCCCCUAAGUGUUCUAAGAGAAAUACACAGGUAAUAUUAAAAAUUAUCUUUCAGAGUAUGUGCCAGUGGACAGAUAUCAAGAAAGGGUAGAAUAUUACCCAGUUGAAAGAUAAGUUGUUCAUUAACAGCCAGCAUAAGCUGUGUCAGUUGUCUAAUAACCAGUCAUUUAAUAAUCAGUUUAAUAUGUUCAAUAACCAGUCUAAUAUGUUUAAUAACCAGUCCAAUAUGCUUAGCAACCAUUGAUUGCAUCAAGAGUUGUUCCUUAAUUUGUAUAGCCAUAAUAUGCCGCUCCCCCUGUUGUAAGACCAUCUUAACAAUAAUAAUAAUCCCAUUAACCAUAAUAAGUUCCUUCCCAAUAGCCAAGGUCUUAGACAACCAAACAAUAGGCGUAACAAUAACAAUGAAAU